GCGUGCACGCAUCCAACUCGGGGCGACUUCACUCCGUGGUCUGUGCGGGAGCCUUCACAGGCUCGCACUCUAGGCUCUAGCUAGUCUUAAGCAGACCAAACUUCCCGUUCCUCCCCCUCCUGCUAAGCUCGCAACCUCAACAAGUGGAGUAGGAUUUCUGGGAGCAACUUUGCUUCUUCAAACUGGGCGCCAAGCAGAUCUGCAGAACUAGAGUGCGCGUCGACCAUCGUAGCGAUCAUGGAGGUGGUCUCUUGCAGCCACUCCUGCUCGGCAUUACAUCAAACACCUAGAAGUGCCUGGAGGCUUCGGGGCGGUGGUCUUGGUCUGGGGCAUGCCAAGUCUACUCGGCCCAGAAGAAGUGCGAUUCUUUGUGUCGGAACCACUAGAGGAGCUUCAAUUCCGGGUGAUUCCAACAAGGUUCAAGCCACCCAGGGAUUUGUGGAUGCAGCCCUGCAGGGUAUUCCUUCCAGAAAAGCCGGAGAGAUUGAGAAGGUGAUGAUUCAGGGCCUCCCUAAAGGCACUGAUAGCUCUCCAAUCAGCACUGGAUUCUGGGAGUGGAAGCCGAAGCUGACGGUGUACUAUGAGAGGUCUGGCACCGAGAACAGCAAAGCGCCUGCGGUGCUCUUCCUGCCGGGGUUCGGAGUUGGGACAUUCCAUUAUGAGAAGCAACUGAGGGAUCUUGGUCGCGAUCAUAAGGUGUGGACGAUGGAUUUUCUUGGUCAGGGAAUGUCGUUGCCGUGUGAAGACCCUGCUCCUAGUAGCAUAGCAGGGGACCAGAGCGAAGACUCGUUUUGGGGCUUUGGACAAGAUUCGCAGCCUUGGGCAGAGAAGCUGGCGUAUUCUGUAGAUUUAUGGCAAAACCAGGUUCAGCAUUUCGUUGAAGAGGUUAUCCGUGAGCCAGUUUACAUUGUGGGGAACUCUCUUGGAGGAUUUGUUGCUCUGUAUUUUGCUGCAUCCUGUCCACACCUUGUAAAAGGCGUCACGUUGCUUAAUGCAACACCAUUUUGGGGAUUCUUUCCUAACCCUGCUACAUCUCCUCGAUUGUCAAAGAUUUUCCCAUGGGCUGGGACAUUUCCUCUUCCAUCAUUUGUGAGGAAACUUACUGAAGCAGUUUGGCAGAAGAUAAGUGACCCAAGAAGCAUACAUGACAUACUCAAACAAGUCUAUGCUGACCACUCAACAAAUGUGGACAAGGUAUUCUCUCGUAUUGUGGAGAUAACACAACACCCAGCUGCUGCUGCAUCAUUUGCCUCCAUCAUGUUUGCCCCAAGGGGUCAGAUAUCCUUCCAAGAGGCAAUUUCUAGGUGCCAAAGCCAAGGUGUUCCCAUAUCUCUUAUGUAUGGAAGAGAGGAUCCUUGGGUUAGACCUAUUUGGGGAAUCAAAGUCAAAGAGCAGGUGCCAGAAGCACCUUAUUAUGAAAUCAGCCCUGCCGGUCAUUGUCCUCAUGAUGAGGUCCCUGAGGUUAUAAACUACUUACUCCGCGGGUGGCUGAAGAACCUCGAGUCUGAGGGUUCAAUCGACCUGCCGUUUCUCGAAGACCCCAGCUAUGCUGAGCAUGGUGUGUCGAGGGAGCUGGAGUUUGUCAGAGAAGGGUCAAGGAAAUCAGUUAGUGUGCGGCUCUAUGGUUCCAAAAUUUCUCUCUGGAGCCAGCUGAGCUCAUUCUUGAACACUCGUGCCUCCAAUUCACGGGUAGUCUCUAGAUGAUUCAUCCUUAAGUAGAUAUUAGAACUUAAGCCUCGAUUCGAUAUUGUAUUUGUUACUUGAUUAAGUUAGUCUUGGAUAGUUGUAGUAAAUAGAUACUGUUUUUUGAAUUUCUAGUGAAUGUAAAUAUGUACAGUACAAUGCCAGCUUCAAUCAUACUACUGUCCAUAGCCUGUCAAAGGUAUUCUCCCUCCGUGCGUCAA